GUGCCAGGCCCAGAGGUCAUUGUGACCCCAGGGGGGUUUCAGGGGUUCAGAGCCCUGGGGCACCCACUCCCAGGAGAGGCCCUCUUUCAGGAGGCAGCUGCUCCCGGGAGUGUCUCUGGCAGAGCACAACGGAGAUGCCCAAGGAGGAGGAGACAAACCCCAAAUCCCAGCCCACUGAGGGGCUGCCAAAACUGCAGAGGAGGCAAAGUGUGGACCUCAGGCAGCCACAGGAAGAGCAGCACUGCCCAGCUCGUCCUCCCGAGGCACAGGAGGCGGCAAAGGCAGGACCUGCUCCUGCCUCGGGCGAGCAGGUGCCAGCAGCAGGGGCACAGACCCAGGGCCCUGCCCCACACAGCCCCUGCUGCCCCCCCAGCCCCUCACCUGCCCCACUGGCAGCCCAUGUCCUCGGCGGGCAGCGGGCAGGGGCAGCGCCGGCAGCGCUGGAGACCAAGGAGAGGGCCUUGGCCAAGGAGGGAGAGAGGAAGCUCUGCAGUCCCCGGCAGCUGCAGGACGGGGAAGACCACACUGGACAAGAGCUUUCUGAGGGGGAGCUCAGUGGACACCCAGAGCUGUCCCAAGGCGAGGACAGCAGCGACCAAAUGUCGUCACACGAGAGCUGGGAACGCAUCACCAUCCACACGAUCUGGGUCAACCCCCAGUACACGGAGCUCUUGCAGAAAACCCACACGGUUUCCCAGGAGCGGGCAGAGGCAGCAGCUCCUUCUGACUCGGGCGGGCAGGUGCCAGCAGCAGGGUCACAGAGCCAGGUCUCUGCCCGGCACAGCUCCUACUGCCCUUCCAGUUCCUCGUCCGCCCUGCUGUCGGCCCAGACCCCCAGCGAGCAGCAGGGUUCCCACACACUGCAGCCCUCCCACUCCAGGCAGGCUCUGCAGACUCUCUGCAGCCUGUUCUGGUGCUCCUGUAUGGCAGCACAGCCAGAGGAUUAGUGCCCACUGCCAGUCUCGAAUUCAAGUCAGUUCAUUUGUUGUUUAUAAAUAUUUUUAUUUUUGCAAAGACCUCUGGAAAGUUGUCACUGUCCUUCGUCAUGGUGCAGAGACUCAAAACAACCAGUGGCUUUCCCCUGGGAGGUGACACGUCAGUAAAAGAUGCUGAUUUUCCAACCAUGCUUGCCUGGGCCUGGUCCAUCUCAGGAGCCAGACGGGUUUCAGCAGUAUCAGAGAUUUGAAACUCGAUGGUUUCAUGGUUGCUGUGGCCAAGACAGUCUCCAGUCACUACCUCACCCACAAGAGCCUCUCUGGGAACAAGCAUGAACUCACAGGGGCACCUCUUUGGGUCAGCUCCCUGAGGCCCUGUGCCAGGAAGUUGUUAUCCAGAUG